AUGGAGAUCCGACCAGACAGGUUCAAGGCGGUCGCGGGCGAAACUCUGGGAAAAAUUCACAGACUGAUCGAGAAGCGCCAGCCCAAUGGAGAGACUAUUGAGUUAUCAGCGGAGGGCCGUCCUGAGCUGGUGGAGGAGAAGGAGCUGCCGGUGGUGGACUGUACCUGCUUUGGCCUGCCCAGGCGUUACAUCAUCGCCAUCCUGUCUGGCCUGGGGUUUUGCAUCUCCUUUGGCAUCCGAUGCAACCUGGGUGUAGCCAUCGUAAGCAUGGUCAAUGACCACACCGUCUACAAGGGAAACAAAGAGGUGCUUGUGGCUGCACAGUUCACGUGGGACCCUGAGACGGUGGGGAUGAUACACGGCUCCUUCUUCUGGGGCUACAUCGUCACACAGAUUCCGGGUGGCUUCAUAUGUCAAAAAUUUGCAGCCAACAGGGUGUUUGGAUUUGCUAUAGUGGCCACGUCCACCCUAAACAUGCUGAUCCCCUCUGCGGCUCGCUGCCAUUACAGCUGUGUCAUCCUGGUCAGGAUAUGCCAGGGCCUUGUGGAGGGCGUAUCAUAUCCCGCCUGCCAUGGGAUCUGGGCCAAGUGGGCUCCCCCUCUGGAGAGGAGUCGACUGGCUACAACAGCUUUUUGUGGGUCGUAUGCAGGAGCAGUGGUGGCCAUGCCUUUAGCCGGGAUUCUGGUGCAAUACACUGGGUGGUCUUCUGUUUUCUACGUCUAUGGCAGCUUUGGGAUAUUCUGGUAUUUCUUCUGGAUUCUGGUGUCCUACGAGAGCCCGGCGGCCCAUCCCACCAUCACACCAGAGGAGAGGAAAUACAUUGAAGAUGCAAUUGGAGAGUCUGCAUCGUUCCUCAAUCCUCUCCAGAAAUUCAAAACCCCGUGGAGACACUUCUUCACCUCUAUGCCGGUGUACGCCAUCAUUGUAGCCAACUUCUGCAGGAGCUGGACCUUUUACCUGCUGCUCAUCAGCCAGCCAGCGUACUUCGAGGAAGUCUUUGGAUUUGAGAUCAGCAAGGUGGGCAUGGUUUCAGCUUUGCCCCAUCUGGUGAUGACCAUCAUUGUGCCCAUAGGCGGCCAGCUGGCCGAUUAUCUGAGAACACACAACCUGAUGUCCACCACCAACGUCAGGAAGCUCAUGAACUGUGGAGGUUUUGGAAUGGAAGCCACUCUCUUACUUGUGGUGGGUUACUCUCACACAAAGGUGGUUGCCAUUUCCUUCUUGGUCCUUGCGGUUGGUUUUAGUGGAUUUGCUAUCUCAGGGUUCAAUGUCAACCAUUUGGACAUCGCCCCCCGCUAUGCCAGCAUAUUGAUGGGCAUCUCCAAUGGAGUAGGAACUUUAUCUGGGAUGGUGUGCCCUCUCAUAGUUGGAGCCAUGACUAAACACAAGACACGUGAAGAGUGGCAGUAUGUCUUCCUCAUUGCUUCUGUUGUUCACUACGGGGGAGUGAUUUUCUACGGACUCUUUGCGUCGGGAGAAAAGCAGCCAUGGGCAGACAUAGAGGACACCAGUGAAGAGAAGUGUGGCAUCAUCGAUGAGGAUGAACUGGCCAAUGAGACAGAGGAGCUCUACCAUGGAGGCGGGCAGUACGGGACGAUGAGCCAACCAGUAGCUGGCUCCAACGGGGAAGGAGCUGGAGGAGGGGGAGCUGGGGCUGGUUGGGUGACGGACUGGGAUAAAUCAGAGGAAUAUGUGCAGCCACCGGGAUACAACUCUUACAUGUAUGGGGGAGAAAAGGAGAAGGAGCUGACAUAA